GUGUGCGUUUGUCUCCCCGAGCGGCGCGUCGUGUCUCCCCAUCUCCAGUCUCCAACGCGACCGCGUCUUCCUCCCGAUCAUUCCCCCUCUCUCUCCCCUGCGAUCUCUCUCCCCUGCAAUCUCUCUCUCUCUCUCUCUCUCUCUGCCACAUCCCUUGAUCCCUACACUCUGCGGCGGGCGGGGCAGCGAGCGACGUCGGGGACGCCAGAGCAGGCCGCGCGGCAACGAAGCAAGGUCGCGCCGAGCAGCCCUGAAACACUUCCGUCCCGAUCCCCUCCUCUCUCUGUCCCGAUCUACCUCCGUUCCCGAUCUCGUCGACCCGCCGCGGCCUCCGCCCGCCAAGGCCGCUACUGCUCCGGUCGCCAAGAUCCAUGGAUGGCCCCCGCGUCGCCGCCAUCGAAUUCCCACCCCGCCGCCGUCGCCCCGUCCAUCGACUGUCGCAUCACCGCCCAGCCACUGUCGCAGGCCUGCCCCGGGUCGCCACUGUUGAAGACCUGCAUCACCGCCGUCGCCUCCGUCGCAGCCUGCCCCGCAUCAUCGACGCCGUCGCAGCCCGGCCCCGGGUUUCUGGCUGUUCAUCCAAUCACAAAUCUAAUAGACUUGAAGAGAAGGCUGGGAUUGGCCGCCGUUGUUUCAGAUACUUCCAUCCUGCAAUACCAGAGAGCCAUGUUGAUCACUGUUUGCUGAAUCAUUGGCUCUGUCUUCCUCCAGCUUCUACUCCAAAGAGCUGCAUCGCCGGCCUACUGGGACCGUAGAUGGAGAUGACAUGUGUGUCAGCUUGUAUGAGUUAAUGUUCUUGCAAUAGUUAGUAGGAAAUGCAGAGAUGGCAGUAGCAAAAAUUGGAGAGAAUUAGUCGGAAAUGUUCUGAGAUGGCAGAGAUGACCCAACCAAAUGCUUGUAUGAGUUCUAAUAGUAGCAAUGAGUGGUGUAUCUCAUUUUGUUCCAGAAAAUUCAAGUUACAAUAGUAGCAAUGAGUGUAUGUAUGCAACAUACAGUUAUGAAAUAUAUGCAAAUGCAAGUGAUACAAUUUUGUGCCCCUGGAUA